CCCCGCGCGCGUCUUCCUCCGGCAUGCGCCAGCCCCCCCGAGCUCGCCCGCGCACCAAUCUCGCCGUCGGGUAUCCCGCCCGCGAGCCCGCGCACCAAGCUCCUUCCCCGCGACAAGCUCCCUCCCCCGCGACGCGUCUUCCUCCUCGCCCUAGAUCGCCGCCCCAGCUCUCUCCUCACCCCGCAAUCCCCGCCGCCCAUGCUCCGCUCUCUACUCGCCCCAGAUCGUCGCCCCUGUUCGCGUGGAUUGGGUACCGGUCCCAACUAUCUCCAUGGAUUGCGCGUCCGCGACAACCCAAUCUCCUCCCGGUCUCCAUGGAAGGCGCGUCCUCCCCCCGUGAUUCUCGAUUCCCCGCGUCCGCGCCCCAGAUCCACUCUCCUCUCUCCCACAAUCCCCACGGACUCUGCCCCGUAUCACCACCCCGGCUCCUUAGAACGUGAUCCACUCUCCUCUCUCCUGCAAUCCCCGCUACCUCAACCCAGAUCGCCGCCCUCGCUCUCGAUCCUCGCCCACGCUCUCCAUGGAAGGCGAGGCCGCGAUGCUCGCGUGGAUCUAUGUAGAGGCUGCGACGCUCUCCCAGGAAGACUACUGCCAGUGCUCCGUGCUCCAUGCGCCGCGCUGGAACGCCACCGUGCGGUCCAUGUCCUCGUAGUAUCGCCCAGACUCGCCCAUGUAGUCCCACCUGCAUCCACCGACCACCAAGCACACUCUCACUGCAGACCAGAGAGGAUUGCCACGAAUAGGUGUGUGCAGUUCUACUCUACCCCUGCAUCGAGCCGGUGUGCGUCCACCAGAGGCCGGAGUUGAAGGAGAGCACGUCGGCGUCGCGCCAUGACUCGGCGUUCUCGUAGAUGUCGUCCAGCAUCAGCACCUGCUUCCCCUGGACCACGUCGAUGUCCACCAGGUACGGCGCGCGGUAGAAGGAUACCGUCACCUGGUACUCCUGGUCGAUCAACCAACGUAUUUAGAUUAGAUUAGAUUAGGCCCAAUCUCUUCGGCCAAGCAGCCUAGCUGGUACAUGUGUUUACAUGACAUACCAGGAACUUGUACGUGUACAAAGGGUCCACGGAGACGAGCUGCGUCGGCGACUGCAGCGCGGCGGCGUGCAGCAGGCAGACGAGCGACUCCCACUGGUUGCGCCCCAGCGAGUCGCCCACGAACAUCACCGUCUUCCCCUUCAUCCGUGUCAGGAAGACCGUGGCACAACGCCUGAUGUCACGUUGUCCCAGCGGCGCCGCGGCCGGCGUCACGCCACGCGGAUGGUCACCCACGCCACGUCCCUAGACCGGUGUGGUACGCCGGCGCCCACAGCGUCGAUGAGGAGGAGGUCGGAGCAGCAGUAGCUGUCAUGGGCAGUGCCGCAGAUGUGGAGCAGUCGAAUGAGAGGCUAGACGGGCUGGAGCACCACAGCAGGCUGGUGUCGCUGUUGGCCGGUAGCCGCUCCUCCCCCACCGGCACCGAGAGGGACUUGUGACCCAAGGAUCUGUUCCCGGGGGAUGUGGUGUUUGCGCUCGUCGAUGAUCUCAGGCUCAACCACUCCAAGGACCCAUAGGCCAUGGGGUUAUGCAAUCCAAAGGUCUCCAUCGCCAAUUUCAUUUUGUAGACAAAUAAGUUAGCUCUUCUGAUGGCAUACCAUUUAUAGAUUGCCAACGAUCUGAAGGCAUAUAUGAAGGCUUGUUAUCUCUUCUGUGUUUAAUUGAUCAGUGACUUUGAUUUGGACCUGGUUAUCAGCUUGUUAUUUCUAUCUGAAUUUUCUCGCUUUAUUUGUACUACACUCGUGCUAAUUAUGUGAGAAUGAUUUGUGUCACUAUGGUGUUCAUCUGUUAUUUUAUACUAUUAUAUGUAUUCAUCUGUCAUGUUGUUGAACUCCUGUUAUCAAUUGCAGAAGGAAAUUCCUGCUUGAGCCAAUUACAGAAGGCCCUGAUAUUUGUCAAAUUGAUGGUUGUAGUGUUAAAUUGGAAUACAAGAGGAGGCAAGUCAAAUAUGGUUUGUGUGACAGCACGUUACUAACUUACUCUACUAUAUCUGCAUGAGAAAGGAUGAACCCUGUUUGCAUGUAUACUAAUUAAUCUACGGAUUCAUUAAUGUGUGAAUAAGAUUUUAUUUAAUUAUGACAGCAAACGUGACAUGCCAUUACAAUUUCGUUUAUGCAAAAAA